ACCACAAACUGCUCCCCCAAAGGGUAAUUAGCCCAUAUCACGCCUAUUGCUGAUAUCUUUGAGGCCACAUGCUCUGCCUACCGUUGAGGAGCCGAACCGUAUUAUUGCUAUCUCACUUGAACGUUUGCUCGCUGACUCGAAAUAACCGCAUUGGAAGCUGUGGGAGUCUAUCCGUAGUUAAGCAGAGGGAAUUGAGGUUUAGCAUACACGGUGCAGCUCACAACUAUACGGCUCAUUCGAAAAUGGCAGAUGAAGAGCGCUCAUCGACCACGUCUUCUUUCAGUAACAGUACUUCUCCGCGUCGUCAGUCAACCUACAUCAUCCCCGAACGUCCGGUUCUGUUCAACUCUCAAUACGAAUCAUUCCUCGAGUCUUCCGUCGACCAGCUCCAGUCCGACUUCGAAUCCGGAGCGCGUGGUCUCGCUGAUAAUGCACUUUCCAGUCUCUCAACGCUGAUUGAUCUCGCUGCCACCACCGCUGCUGACCGUGGUGAUUUAUUCAAGAUGGUGAAGGGGGCGGCGAAACAGUUGUCAUUUGCGCGGCCGAGUAUGAGCGCCGCGAUCACGAACUGUCUUUUACACGCACUACAACAAAUUCAAGGAAUAUGGGACAAGGAGACAAAGGCUGGUAGUAAGACACCGACAGAUUUGGCACGCAUUGCGCAAGAGGCUAUUGGAGCGAUCUUAAAGGAGCGGAAGGCUUUGAGUGUGCAACUGGGGAAGCAGUUUGCCUUCUGGAUGAAGCAGUAUUCUUUGAAGCCCUGCGCUGGUGACGAAAAACAUUACGUCCACAUUCUCACCCUUAGCAACAGCUCGUCCAUAAUCACCGCCCUCCUGUCCACUCUCUCCCGCAACAGCAACACAACCCUCACCGUCACUAUCCUCGAAUCCCGACCCCGCUUUGAAGGCGCAAGCAUGGCUGCCCAGAUCCUUUCCUCCGUGUCUGAGCCCGACAAAGACCGCUUGAGCAUCCGCAUCGCGCCAGACUGCGCCGUCGCUACCGUGGCAGCAGACGCUAACGUCGUACUUCUAGGUGCCGACAGGAUCGCUAGCAACGGCGAUGUCAGCAAUAAAAUCGGCUCACUGGCUGCCGCUAUCUGCGCAAGAUCGCUCAAUCCUAGUGUUCAGGUUGUGGUUGUUAGCGAUUCAGACAAGAUCGUGGCGGCAGGGAGUGAGCAUUCGCCUGUGGAAAGGCAUGAUGCCAAGGAAAUGACAGAAGCUUGGGAGCAUUUGCGGGUAGCACCCAGUCUGCGCAAGGAGGUAGAUGUAUUUGGGGAGUGGUUUGAGUGGGUGGAGGGGAAAUGGAUUGACGUGUAUGUCACUGAGAGAGGCAUUUGGGGGCGGCGGGGGGUGGAGAUCGCGGCCGCAAGGGUGAAGGAGAUUGAGGAGAAGAUGUUUGGGGGUAGUUGA